AUGGCUGGCGACGGAUCUCGGAGCCGAGAUGGAUGUAUGGACUGCCGCCGGCGGAAGCGAGGAUGCGAUAAAGCCAAACCGGUGUGCUCCAGUUGUCGAAAACAUCGAGUCGCCUGCAUUUAUAACAAGCCUAACCAGACCUCGCCUUCAAAAUACUUCGUCUCUGUUGCCGGAGAGCACUUUAUUCUCCCUUUGGAGUCGGCGGUGAACCACUCCUUCGUCAAUCUUCGAAGCGACGAAAUCGGCGUUGUUUGUGGGCAAUAUGCCGAGCAAGCAAUCCAUACGGCACCUCCACCGACUGAUCAAAAUCAACAUACAGCGCCAUCAAAAAAUCAUAUGCCUCUCGUCCGGAAUCCUUGUUGGCUGCCCAUCCCAGAAAAAGUACAGAGCGUCCACGAAACAUUAUUAGUUCAGUACUAUUUCGAGGUCAUCAGCAACAGUAAAGUAUACGUGGACACGGAAAGGAACAUCUUCCGGACUUCAGUUAUGCCGGUUCUUCUCAGCAACCAUGGCUCUCUCUUCUCAACCGUGCUGGCCCUCACCGCUGCUGAGUGGGGACGCAGAGGUCUUUCAGACGGAAUAGAUUACACCGCAGCGGCCCUUCAAUACAAGGUGACAGCCUUGAAGCAGCUUCAGUCGAACCUGAAUGGAACCUCGAAUGCUGAGGAGAGCUUGCUAACCUGUGUACUUCAAGCAUCUCUAGAAAUUUCAGAAGGAUCUCGUCCCUCAUGGCUGAGGCACCUCCGGGGGGCGUUGGCUAUCAUGGAUACACAUAGUGAUUGGAUCAGUCCAGAUUGCGCGGCUCUUGCUUUGCAAUAUUUUCGAUUCCGAUAUGUCUUGCUGAAGACGACGAAACACGGAAGCCUGGUUCAAAACGGCGACGGGACCUGUCAAGCCGACCCAGUCGAAUGCAAUCAUGAUGCCGGUGCUCUCGACAAAGCUUUGUCAAUUCUGGGAAACCCGCAGUCAGUGGAUCCUCAGCUCGGUUGUUCUAUGGAGCUUGUAGAGCUGAUUAGAAUGACAUCUACGAUCUCACCAGCUCAAGCUGAUGUCACAACCCCUUCCACCACGUGUGAAGAUGGAAUCCUACUGGAGAAACGCAUUCGGCAGCUAAAGUUUGACGCUAUGGACGACUACCUCAUAAAGAGUGCAGAAUGCUUCAGGCUCUCUGCGUUGAUAUACCUCCGCCUGGUACUCUUUAACGAACCCAUUCGAUACCCUUCGAUUUCUACCUUGCUACAGCGAAUGAUAGACCACCUCUCUGAGAUAAUAGUCGAGGACCAGCCUCGACGAUCCUUUCCUAUGUGGCCCUUGUUCAUAGCAGGUUGUGUCAGUCACACCGAUGCUAAUCGGAAGGUUGUUCUCGAUUUGUUUAAUUUGCUCGAUAGCAAAUGGCCAAUAAGCAACAUAUCUACGGUCAUGAAGGUCGUCUGGACAAUUUGGCAAACUCGGGACUUUGACAGUGGCUUAGAAGCAACGGUACAUCACGACUGGCAGGAAAUUAUCGAAAAGUUUGGUUGGAAACUAUCUUUGUCGUGA